AUGGCUGGCAGGCAAACAAGAGGCCGACAGAGGAUCCCAAUGAAACGGAUCCAGAAUAUGGAUGAUCUAUACGCCACAUUCUCCAAACGUCGACAGGGCCUAUAUAAAAAGGCCAGCGAACUCAGCACCCAAUGCGGUGUCGAUAUUGGCGUAAUCAUAUCUUCCCCCACAGGCCAUCCUUAUUCAUUCUUCCAUCCAAGAAUAAAGUCUGUGUUGAGCAGAUAUCGAAAUCUUACCCGCCGUGCUGACUUCUUCGCCGAAGUUUCCGAGGCUCAUUCUCGGGAGCGGAUCUAUCAAUUUAACCGAGAUCUAAACGAGGCCCUAACAACCAAAGAGGAGUUAAAAGACAAGGAUAAACUCCUCGACGAAGUUUAUAGAACUCGGGUGAAGGGAUGGUGGGAACAAAUCCCGAUUGAUAACCUCAAUGGUAACGAGGUCAGUAAGUGGAUUACCUGGUUUGAAAACCUAAUCGUCCAAGUCUCCAAUCGGAAGAAGGAAAUCGGGAAUUGUAAAAACACCACUGAACAACAACAAAAUGCCAGUAUUACUUAUAUUCCCGAUUUUCCUAACAUGCAUGUCGAUGACCCUGUUCCUGCUAAUCCCAAUUCCCCGAACAUGCCUACCGGUGGCUCUAACGUAAUCCCGAUACAAGGUCGGGAUUUUUCGAGCGUUGGUGAGGGAAGCGAGAGGCAGGCUACAGAUCACUGUGCCGUUUCUCGGCCAAGAUUUGAGCAAGAUCCAAUUCCUCGAAGCGAAGACUUGGAUUUUAGUUCUAGUUCAUUUUAUUCGCUUUUAGGCUCGUAUCUUGGUCCGGAUUGGCCUAACGAAGACGGAAACAAUGAUGAUGUGUUCUUCGGGGGGUCGUUCGGGUCGUCGUCUCAGCAUCCGGGCAAUGAUAAUGACAACGGUGACGAAAACGGCGGCAGCGAUGAACAGGGUCGAACUUGA